AUGCUGCCUCCCUCGCUCAAAACAUUGUUUUCUGCCGAUCGUUCUUUAUCGCUGACCCCAACCGAACGUUUUACUCAAUGGUCAUCCUUGGUUUACGUUCUUUUGGGAACAUCUAUGCUCCUGAUACCGUCCAUGUGGGCAGACUUUUGGCAAGCCGAGCUGGUUGGUCGAACUUCCGGUUACAUACAACUUGGCGCGCUUUCCCUCGCUAUCGAGGGUUUUUUGCUGAUCGUGGCAUCCAGGUCUCGCCACAGAGUUCCCGGUCAUGGCCAUAUCAACAUAACAGUGUUUACAAGGAUAGUCCUCAUUAACUUAGCUGCAUGGAAGUUGUUCCAAGCAGGUACGGCUCCAGUUCGCUACCUUUUGUUUUUUGUCGCGCUAGACAAUUCGUUGGCGGUGGGUACAUUCCUGGUCUGGAUCUUCACCGAGAAAGACGCUACCCUUGUUUUGUUUUUCAAAGUGAUUGCUGGCCUGGUCUUUAGAUUUCCGUCCGGCUCCUGGUCCUCAUUUGCGGUCGUUGUCACAGGCAUUGUUCAAUUUGCUGGUGGCGUGUACUUAAAAAACGUCGAACACUUACGAAGCGCGUUGAACUUGGAUCCUUCAGCAGGCUACUCAGACACCUUUCUGGGUUUUCACUUCAGUUUGAGUAUAGCUCACGCAGUACUUUAUAUCUUCAACGGUCAAGCUGUAAGCAGGUCGUUCAAUGCUAGCUGCGUUUUCUAUCGAGUGGCUAUUAACAUGCCACUAGUUUUCCUGUUAGCUGUAACUGGUAAAGUAGAGUUGAUUUUGUCUGUUUUUCUGAUGUGCGCAGAUUUCACUUUUGCCAUGUUUAUUUUAGUUUUUCUUUACUGUGACGACGUAAACAACAAGGAGAAAAAAUAG